AGCUACCAGCGCUAGCUUGCUGUGCUGGUGUGCGAGGGGAACCUCUGAGGCUCUGCAGCAACAAUGUCUUCAGCUCAGUCUCUGAGAGAGGUGAUCAGAGAGCGGCUAACUGCUGCUGCUGCAGAAAUCUUCUCCGAGUUUGAAAAAACCAUCGUCCGCUACGAGGAAGAGAUCGAUCGUCAGCGCAGACUGCUGGAGAUCAGCUGGAAACCACAGAUCAACUUACACAGAAUAGAACUCCCACUGCAUUAUGUCAGGACAGAUGAGGAGGUUCUGACUGACCAGCAGCUCUGGAACCAGGAGAGGACCUCCAGUUUGGAGCAGGAACAAGCAGAACCUUUACAGGAGGGACCAGAACCUCCACAGAUGAAAGUGGAGCAGGAUGAGCCAGAACCUUUGCAGAUUGUAAAACAAGAGGAGCUCUGCAUCAGUCAGGAUGAAGAGCAGUGUGUACUGAAGCAGGAGACGGUGACCUCCCUUGUGACUCCUGCUGGUGAGGAAAGAGACCACGAUGAAGCAGAACCAGACAGACACCAACUCCUUUUGCCACUGUUUCCUGAGGCUGAGAUCAGAGCUGCUGUUGCUCCGGGGUCAACAGGUGAGGGGUUGUGCUAUGUUUGUUUUCCUUACUGUGAUGUCACAAUAAGGGACUUCUUGAAACUGCUCAUUUUAGGCAAAUCAGCUUUAUUUUAGGGCUGCCUUUUAUGUGACGACUUUAGUCAAAUAAAAGGCAAAUGUGCAGCGAGGCUCCUAACUGGAGCAAACGGAAGAGCUCACAUCACUCCUAUUCUAACGUCUCUGCACUGGUUACCCGUUAACUUUAGAGUUAAUUUUAGAAUCCUGACUAUAUUUUAAGUUUGGA